AUGGAUACAUUUAAAAAAGUCAUAAAAUCCUUCUACCAGAAGACAGUAGUUGGAUAUGGUUCUAUUUCACUGCUGACUGUUGGAGGGGAGCGCCUGUUUUCCUUGUUUGCCUUUAAGUGCCCAUGCAGUAGCCAGAAUCUGACCUACGGGCUUGUCUUUCUCUUUGUUCCUGCAUUGGUGUUACUGAUUUUGAGCAUCCUUGUUAAUUCAUGGACAUGGAGAUGUUUAACUGGGUGUUUUUACAAUCCAAAAAGGCUGUGCCCUAAUGGUAACAUAUUUUAUUGCCUUUGUAUUUUUGGAAAAAUCACAGCAGGUGCUUUGGUAGCCCCAACAACAUGGCUUGCUGUGACCUUGAUCAUUGGGACCUCUUACGAGUGUACUUUGAGUGGUUGGGAAAAUGAGUACUACCGGACGUACCUCUGUCAGAAUAAGCCCCUGUGGUGCAAAGAAGAUGUCUACAAAGUCCCCUGUGGGAGAUCAAGAAUGAAUGUCUCUGAUAAUAGGGAUGUGCUACAAAUACUUCGAGUACAGUCUCAGGUAAUGGGCCUAAAAUGGAGUCUUGUGGCACACCAAGAGUGA